AUGGACUCCCUGGAGGACACGCUGCAGCGGCUGCGGGACACCUUCCGGGCGGGGCGGACACGGCCGGCUGAGUUCCGGGCAGCGCAGCUCGAAGGCCUGAACCGUUUCCUGCAGGACAACAAGCAGCUUCUGCAGGAGGCGCUGGCGGAGGACCUACACAAGUCGGCUUUCGAGUCGGACAUUUCUGAGCUCCUGUUAUGCCAGAAUGAGGUGGAGCUAGCCCUCAGGAACCUGCGCAACUGGAUGAAGGAUGAGCCCACAGCCAACAGCCUGCUAACGAAGACCAGCUCCACCUUCAUCCGCAAGGAGCCCUUUGGCCUGGUGCUCGUCAUCGCCCCUUGGAACUACCCCGUGAACCUGACCCUGGUGCCCCUGGUGGGGGCCCUGGCCGCAGGGAACUGCGUGGUGCUGAAGCCGUCGGAGAUCAGCAAGGGCACCGAGAAGGUCCUGGCCGAGGUGCUGCCCCGGUACCUGGACCAGAGCUGCUUCGCCGUGCUGCUGGGCGGGCCCGAGGAGACGGGGCGGCUGCUGGAGCACAGGUUCGACUACAUCUUCUUCACGGGGAGCCCGCGAGUGGGCAGGAUCGUCAUGACGGCCGCCGCCAAGCACCUGACGCCCGUCACGCUGGAGCUGGGGGGCAAGAACCCCUGCUACGUGGACGACAGCUGCGACCCCCAGACCGUGGCCAACCGCGUGGCCUUUUUCCGCUACUUCAACGCCGGCCAGACCUGCGUGGCCCCCGACUACGUCCUGUGCAGCCCCGCCACGCGGGAGCGGCUGCUGCCCGCGCUGCAGAGGGCCAUCACCCGCUUCUUCGGCGAGGACCCCCAGCGCUCCCCCAACCUGGGCCGCAUCAUCAGUGAGAAGCAGUUCGGGCGGCUGCAGGGCCUGCUGGGCUGCGGCCGCGUGGCCAUCGGGGGCCAGAGCGACGAGGGGGACCGCUACAUCGCCCCCACGGUGCUGGUGGACGUGAAGGAGACGGAGCCGGUGAUGCAGGAGGAGAUCUUCGGGCCCAUCCUGCCCAUCGUGACCGUGGGGAGCCUGGACGAGGCCAUCGAGUUCAUCAACAGACGGGAGAAGCCGCUGGCCCUGUACGCCUUCUCCAGCAGCAGCCAGGUAGUGAGCCAGGUCCUGGACCAGACCAGCAGUGGCAGCUUCACUGGCAACGAUGGCUUCACCUUCCUGACGCUGCUGUCCCUGCCGCUGGGGGGCGUCGGCAACAGCGGGAUGGGAAGAUACCACGGGAAGUUCUCUUUUGACACCUUCUCCCACCACCGCUCCUGCCUGCUCGCCCCCCCAGGCCUGGAGAAGCUCAACGAAAUCCGAUACCCCCCCUACAGUGACAGAAAUCAGCAGCUGAUCCGCUGGGCUGUGGGGACUUGGAGCUGCACCAUUCUGUGAACACCUGGCUGACUCCAGCCACCCCACCCCACCAGGUGCUCAGUGGUCCCCGCGAGGCAGACGUCCCAAGGAGGAGUGCA